GAAAGAUGUCCUACAACAUCUAGAGAGCUACAGGUUCCACAUACCUAUGUUUUGUUGGAUUUGUGAUGUGUCUUCCAAGAUCUACUCAGCAGAUUCAAUGUCCUGAACUCAGAAAAAAACCGAGCAUUCAGUAGAAUCAAAUGGGUAAGCUUUCCCAUGGCCUCUACUACUUCAAGAUGCAGGUGGGUAUUUGCAAAUUUGAAUUCUUCCCAGUGGGGGCAGAUAACUCCUUCUACAUAGGAAACGAUUCAGCCCAGCUUCCUUGAGAUAUAUUUCCCUGCAUGCAAGGAGCUUUCCCCCAGAAAACUUGUCCAUGGCAGAAGCAUUCAAACAAACCACCCCUACACAAAGCCAGAAGUGGCAGAGUCCCAGGAAAAGAACCCGGUUCUGCUCAGAGAAUAAAACCGAGCCAAGAGGAAGAAGCUCCUAUCAUUUCAGGUGGGGAAGGGGACAUGGGCAGACGGCUUCUGCUGAGCCCACCAGCUGAGAGUGAGUGAGUGUUCAGUGAUGUAAAUGGCAGGAGCAGGAAAGGGGAGGUUGCCAAGGGUGAUUAUGACCUUCCUCCCCUGCACUGUGAUGCUCAAUGGCACUUCCUGGGGGUGGCAUGCAUGGCUUGGGGUCCUUGGCACCCAGCUGCCUAGAGCGAGACAGCAGUGGGAACAUCAACAUCCACAGCUGCUGUUGUUAAUCGGGAGCGAGAGUGAGCACUACUUGAGGCACCAUGCGUGAGUGCAUCUCCAUUCACGUUGGCCAGGCUGGAGUUCAGAUCGGCAAUGCAUGCUGGGAACUCUUCUGCCUGGAGCAUGGAAUUCAGCCAGAUGGCACCUUCGCUGAAAAGAACCAUCCCAAUAAUGACGACUCCUUUGCUACGUUCUUCAGAGAGACUGGCAAUGGGAAGCAUGUGCCGCGAGCUAUCAUGGUGGACUUGGAGCAAACUGUAGUCGAUGAAGUGCGGGCUGGCACCUACCGUCAGCUUUUCCACCCAGAACAGCUGAUCACUGGCAAGGAAGAUGCAGCUAAUAACUACGCCCGUGGUCACUACACCAUCGGGAAGGACAGGAUUGAGCUAGCACUGGAUCGCAUUCGAAAACUGGCUGACACCUGUGCAGGGCUACAAGGAUUCCUGAUUUUCCACAGCUUCGGAGGAGGCACAGGUUCUGGCUUUACCUCCCUGCUGAUGGAGCGCCUGUCUGUGGACUAUGGCAAGAAGUCCAAACUGGAGUUUGCCAUCUACCCAGCGCCCCAGGUUUCCACUGCGGUGGUGGAGCCCUACAAUUCUAUCCUGACCACCCACACCACCUUGGAGCAUUCCGACUGCGCCUUCAUGGUGGACAACGAGGCCAUCUACGACAUCUGCCGCCGCAAUCUGGACAUUGAGCGCCCCACGUACACCAACCUGAACCGCCUCAUCAGCCAGAUUGUCUCCUCCAUCACCGCUUCCCUGCGUUUCGAUGGCGCCCUCAACGUGGACUUGACUGAGUUCCAGACCAACCUGGUGCCUUACCCUCGCAUCCACUUCCCCUUGGUGACCUACGCGCCCAUCAUCUCCUCCGAGAGGGCUUACCAUGAGCAGCUCUCCGUGGCCGAAAUCACCAGCUCCUGCUUUGAACCCAACAACCAGAUGGUGAAAUGCGACCCCCGCCAUGGGAAGUACAUGGCCUGCUGCAUGCUCUACCGAGGUGAUGUGGUGCCCAAAGACGUCAACGUAGCCAUUGCUGCCAUCAAGACCAAGAGGACAAUCCAGUUUGUGGACUGGUGCCCAACUGGCUUUAAGGUUGGCAUUAAUUACCAGCCGCCAACUGUAACCCCUGGAGGAGAUCUGGCCCAAGUCCAGCGCGCUGUCUGCAUGCUCAGCAACACCACUGCCAUUGCUGAAGCCUGGGCAAGGCUAAAUCACAAGUUCGACCUGAUGUUUGCCAAGAGAGCGUUUGUGCACUGGUAUGUUGGUGAAGGCAUGGAAGAAGGGGAAUUUGUAGAAGCUCGAGAGGACCUGUCUGCCCUGGAGAAGGACUAUGAGGAAGUGGCAACUGACUCGUUUGAGUCGGUACUCGACAGCGAGGAAAUCUAACAGUUUGCUCCUCUGUGCACCACAAUGUCUCUUGUCUGUUUCUUCCCUUCCUUUGGGCCUUUGUAGACUUUGGGGGAGAAAUUUCCCUUGGGGGU